GAGGCGCUCCCUGUCAAGCCAGGACUGUGAGGAGGAGGAGGCGGCGGCUGAGGCGCCUGCGACGCCAACCACAGCUGUGGCAGCAACUUCUCUGUACGCCUAUUUUCCCGCCUCUUCUUCGGCCCCCGACCCGCCGGCCAGGAUGAUGAUGAUGUCGCUGAACAGCAAGCAGCCCUUCAGCAUGGCCCACGCCAACGGCGGCGGCAGCCUCCACGAGCCCAAGUACUCGGCCCUGCACUCCGCCUCGCCCUACAGUAGUAGUAGUAGUAGUAGUAAUAGUAGUAGUAGUAGUAGUAGUAGCAGCAGCAGCACCAGCAGCACCAGCAGCAACAGCACCGCCGAGGCCAUGCGUCGCGCCUGCCUGCCCACCCCGCCGAGCAAUAUAUUCGGCGGUCUGGACGAGAGCCUGCUGGCCCGCGCUGAAGCCCUGGCUGCUGUGGACAUCGUCUCGCCCGGCAAGAGCCACCAUCACCACCACCCGCCCCACCACAGCCCCUUCAAGCCCGACGCCACCUACCACACCAUGAACACCAUCCCAUGCACCUCAGCCGCGUCCUCCUCCUCGGUGCCCAUCUCUCACCCUUCUGCCCUGUCCGGCACCCACCACCACCACCACCACCAUCACCACCACCACCAGCCUCACCAAGCUCUGGAAGGGGAACUCUUGGAACACAUCACGCCUGGGCUGGCGCUGGGGGCCAUGACAGCCCCCGACGGCUCGGUGGUCUCCACGCCGGGCCACGCUCCCCACAUGGCCAGCAUGAACCCUAUGCAUCAAGCGGCUCUUAGCAUGGCCCACGCUCACGGGCUGCCCUCGCACAUGGGCUGCAUGAGCGACGUGGACGCCGACCCGCGGGACCUGGAAGCCUUCGCAGAGCGUUUUAAGCAAAGGAGGAUCAAGCUGGGGGUGACCCAAGCGGAUGUGGGCUCGGCUCUGGCCAACCUCAAGAUCCCCGGGGUGGGUUCCCUCAGCCAGAGCACCAUCUGCAGGUUUGAGUCGCUUACCUUGUCCCACAACAACAUGAUAGCCCUCAAACCCAUCUUGCAAGCCUGGCUGGAAGAGGCAGAGAAGUCACAUCGGGAGAAGCUCACCAAGCCGGAGCUCUUCAAUGGGGCGGAGAAGAAGAGGAAACGUACGUCCAUCGCCGCUCCCGAAAAGAGGUCCCUAGAAGCCUAUUUCGCCAUCCAGCCGCGCCCUUCUUCGGAAAAAAUAGCGGCCAUUGCGGAGAAACUGGACCUCAAGAAGAACGUCGUCCGAGUCUGGUUCUGCAACCAGAGACAGAAACAGAAACGGAUGAAAUAUUCUGCUGGGAUUUAAAGUCUUUAGAAACCUUGUCUGUUUCGAGAAAAAUAAAUAAGGUAAAACAAAACUAGAAGACACUUCCACUCCUCUUUGCGGGAGAGAACGAGAUCAAGGUCUAGGAAGAGAGUAAGACUCAGCUACCCACCCACACUCACUGUCACACUCACAGAUUGUGAAUGGAAAAGCAGAACGGUAAGAUUCGGAAACUGGCAGGAGAAACUCAGCCUUGAGUUGGAAUCAGAGACAGACUGACUGUGUGAAUACAGGAUGGGAACUCUUUAUAAAAGGACCGAAGACCUUAUCAAGUAAGAGUUGUUUUUAUUCUUAAAGACAUCAGCUUUGUUCAGAUGUAAAAGUACCCUUUGCAGCUAUUUUUCAGAAAAAAAUUAACUGAUUAAAAAGACUGAAACUUUAAUCUAGAGUUGAAGGUUAUACCAUGAGAGAGGCAUCUCAAAAGUAUUUUGAUUUUUUAAAUAAAAUAAGAUGGCAGUUUUUCUGCAAUUACACUGCAUAUUAUAA